AUGAUGGUCAGCGGUCUAGGAUCUGUGUUGGAGGGGUUUGGAGGUUCGAGCUCUGAACCUGAUCAGGCGUCGGUUGAUUCCAUAACGCUAUUCGUUACGCUACUCUGUGCUUGUAUUGUGAUUGGUCACCUACUUGAAGAAAAUCGAUGGAUCAACGAGUCGAUAAAUGCUCUUUUCAUAGGUUUGGGUACAGGAGUAAUAUUACUUUUGGCGUCUAAAGGAGGGAACUCACGAAUCCUGGUAUUCGAUGAAGAGCUCUUUUUUAUAUAUCUCCUGCCACCUAUUAUUUUUAAUGCUGGGUUCCAGGUGAAAAAGAAACAAUUUUUCAGGAAUUUCAUGAGUAUUACGUUGUUUGGUGCUGUUGGGACAAUGAUAUCCUUCAGCAUCAUAUCAUUUGGUGCAAAACUGUUAUUCGAGACUUUGGAUAUGGGUUAUCUAGAGCUUCGAGAUUAUCUUGCUAUUGGGGCUAUCUUUUCAGCUACAGAUUCUGUGUGCACUUUGCAGGUUCUUAAUCAGGAUGAGAUGCCUUUGCUCUACAGUUUAGUGUUUGGCGAAGGUGUGGUGAAUGACGCGACUUCUGUGGUGCUCUUUAAUGCAAUUCAGAAAUUCGGCCUUUCAGAUCCCGACUCGAAAAUUUUCUUGAAAUUUGUUGGCAAUUUCUUCUCUCUAUUCGUAGCCAGUACCCUUCUUGGGGUUUUGAUUGGAUUGCUUAGUGCCUACAUUAUCAAAAAGUUAUACUUUGGAAGGCAUUCAACCGAUCGUGAGGUCGGUUUAAUGAUUCUCAUGGCCUACCUUUCGUAUAUUUUAGCUCAGCUCUGUGACUUAAGUGGAAUUCUUGCUGUAUUUUUCUGUGGAAUUGUUAUGUCGCAUUACACCUGGCAUAAUGUCACAGAGAGUUCUAGAGUUACUACCAAGCAUGCUUUUGCUACAUUAUCAUUCAUUGCAGAGACAUUUAUCUUCCUUUAUGUUGGCAUGGAUGCAUUGGACCUUGAAAAAUGGGAGCUCGUGAGCAACAGCCCGGGGAAAUCUAUUGGUUCAAGUGCAGCUCUAUUUGGACUAGUCAUGGUUGGGAGAGCAUCGUUUAUUUUUCCCCUCUCCUUUUUGACAAACUUUGCUAAGAAGUCUAAGGGUGAAAAACUCGAUUUGAAACAGCAGGUUACAAUAUGGUGGGCUGGUCUUAUGCGAGGUGCUGUUUCGAUGGCGCUUGCUUACAAUCAGUUUGCGAAAUCUGGGCACACGAUGCAGCCGGGGAAUGCAAUCAUGAUUACAUGCACGAUCACUAUAGUACUUUUCAGCACGGUGCAGCGGAUCGCCGGCGACCGAGAAAUUCCUCCGGGAGGAGAUUUGAGCGCACCCAAGCCGCGACCUGGAGCCACAUAUUCUCUCUUCGUUCCAGUGUCGCGUCGUCCGUGA